CUGCAAAUAAGUAAAACGUUCAACCUGUCUCAGCUGCCUAACUGAAUUAUUAUAUAUUUCUCUGGUAUGUAUCAUAUCUGACUAUGCUUUCUUCAAAUAAUGAAUUCAUUGUAUGUUACAAGUUUGGUAGCUACGCAUUUUGUUUUAUAACAAUUCCAAUUCUUAAUGCCUCAAAAGAAAACGAUCCUAAUUACACAGUGGUGGCAUGCUUAAUUCCAUUGUAUUUACAGAAAAAAAAUGGUUUGGGAUAUUUUUUAAAAUACUACGCACUCUUGCUAGUAUCUCGUAAAUUUAAUCAACUGCAUCCAUUGGUCCAACACUCUUUCUUGAUUCUUGCUCUCCAACUGCAGAAAUGGCAACUAUUUUUUUUACUAUAAAUGUCAGAGCGCUAAUGCUCUUUACUUUUAAGGGUCAAAAAUCUCCCUUUUUUUAACAAAUCAUUAUUUAUUAUCUACUAAUCCUCCACAAAUUAUAAAUUGUCCAAUUCUGCUAAAAUGAAGAUAUCAGUAAAACCAGGACUACUUGUGGCCUUUAAGGACUGAUUUUAAACCAAAAGAUGUAGAACACAAACUUAUUCAUCAACUUGGUGAUAUAGCCAAUUAGCAGAAACCCUGCCUAAAUACACCACAACAGAUUUACCGUACAGUUUCCAACAUUUAUACUUUGUGGAAAGCUCUAAAGUAGGCAAACUUUGGCACUCCAGAUGGUGAGGACUACGUCUCCCAUGAUGCUUUGCCAGCAUUAUGGAUGUAAGAACAUUAUGGGAAAUGAAGUUUACAUCAUAUGAAGUGCCGAAGGUUGCCUAUACAUGCUCUAGAGGUCAUUAACGAUCCAAAAAUUAUUAGACAAUUUAUUAACACCCUUCCUUCCAUCAUAUUAUUUUAUUCCAGUAUUUCCCACUGGCUCACUAUAAAUUUAUUUGUGAAUUUCGUCCAUGCAUUUAAAGGUUAACCAUACAUAUCAUUUAGGAUAAAGAUAUCUCACAUGAAGCGGAUAUCCCUAAUCCUUUAACACAUCAAAAUAUCUCACAGACACCAAUUCUGUAACUUGAUCUGGCCCACCCUUAAGAAAAAUCUUUCAACAGCUAAAUCUAAAGGUUUCAAAACAUAGGUUGUCUGGGAGGGUGGAGAUUGAGGGUGUCCGAGAGGCAUAUGUUGGGGAAUCUAGAUUUCUCUUUUGAUGUUAAAUGCUUGGACUUAGACCAAAAUACCCACAUGAAAUAGAAAAAGAGAGCUUUGUUUCAAAUGGCAUUUACUCUUUUGCUGACUCAGGUAAACAUAGCCUACAGCUAUAAAACCCUGAUCUCUAUAGUUGUCACUAUUUCACCACUGACUUGUAGCUUAAAUAUCCAGAACAGUAAGAAAUCAGUGAAACCUAAUUGCAACAUGAAUUCUUGCAUAAUAAAUUGCCAAGUGGAUGGUACUGUGAGAUGAGCAUCCUCUAUUUAAGGUGGAAAUUGUGCAUCUAAAUAUUUUUUAUUUACCAAGAUAAAAAUAAAGUAAGUGAUUAUUGUACUAUAGCACUAUAGUUGGAUGAGGGAGAGGUGAACUAUUUACCUGUGCUAAAAUUUCCCAGUGAGUUGGCAUACCUUUGGGCAAGUGCACUGCCACCUUGUGCGUACCUGCCUAGGGGUGCCAUUGCCAGGUGAUCAGCAUGAAGGGGAAUAAGGCACAUGGAAGGGGGAAUAAGACACAUGGAAGGGGGAAUAAGACACAUGGAGGGGCUGGGAUGGAAUGAGACACAUGGAUGGGGGGAAUGGGCCACAUGGAGGGGAUGGGGUAAAGGAGACACAUGGAGGGCUAGGAGGAAUGAGACACACGGAAGGAAUGUGUAGAGAAAUAGCUGAGGGGGAGGAGCUUAGGGGGAGAAAUAGACACACAGAGGGGCUGGGAAAGGGCAACAAAACACACAGAGGGGCUUGUGAAGUGGAGAAUAAGACACAAAGGGGCCAUGGGGAAAAAGACACACAUAGAGGCUGUGGGGAAAGAGACACACAGAGGGGUUAGGGAAGGGAAGAAAGAAACAAAGAGACUGGGACUAAGAGACACACAAAAUUGGCUUGGGGAGAAAAACACACAAGAAACAUUAAAUGGACACUAUAGUCACCAGAACCACUGUAGUUUAAUUUUUUUCCCAGUCCAGCCCUGCUACCAAGUAAUAACAUAUGAUAAUAUGCAAGGUUUGUGUAAAUUAAACCUUUUUAAAAUUAAACAUAUAUACAUAUAAUUUUACAGAAAAAAACAACAAAAGGAAUGUCAAUAGCAUAUCACUGUAAGAUACCAUAAAAAUGGAAUGUGAAUGUUUUGCACUCAUACAAUUGAUAGAAGGCACAUCAAAACUGUGUCGAUAGAAAAAUCUUUCUUCUAGAUGAAUAUAUACAGGUAAAGAAGAAGGACAUCCACAUAGUGUAGCAGUUAAAACAUUACAAACUAUUUCUAUUAAUAUUGUACUCACAAAAAUAUUGCACUCAUAAAAGCACAUCACAAUCCACUGGGUCUGUAGUCAUGAAAACCAGACUGGUAACAGGAAAACAGGAACACAGGGAAAGUUGUGAAUACAAUAAAAUGUGAUAACAACUCUAAAAAACAAUGAAAUGCAAUAAAAAAACAAAUCACCAGUGGGUCUCCCGCCCCUACGCGUUUCGUCCGUACACGGUCUUCCUCAGGGGAAUUCACAAGUUCAUCUGGAUGUUCCAGUCUUGGUGCAGUUUAAAAAUCUGUUUUCGCGCCGCCCGGUUUGCCAUCAGCCAAUCGGAAGCAGUGUUCUUGUGUAUUACACCUGCAUUCAAAGAUGAGUGCCGUGCGGGUCAAGCCUCCAUCUCGGCACUCAAUGUUGAGGACGUGUAUCCGGUUCCGCCUGGAACGUAACAUGCUGCUUUGUUUUUUUAUUGCAUUUCAGUGUUUUUUAAGUAAAAGUUUAAAGUGAUUUAAGUGAAUUUCCGAUUUAAGACGAGAAUAGCCAAACUGAAAGCAUAGGUUUUUUUCUGUUUUGACCUUAAAUUUUAAAUUCACUUUGAACUCUCACUUUAGUAAAUAACUCCUGAGUGCGUAUAAUUUUAGUUCCAUAAAGCCAAUUAUAUGUGCUAUAACUCUUUGUUCCAAAGUGUGUAGCAAUUAGGUUUGUUGCAACAGUUUAUGUAGUCUGUUUGCUUACUUUGCAUCCCUCACAUGCAUUGUAUUCCACACACACACACACACAGACAUUAUUCGGUGCCUUGUGAAGUGGGAUGCUGGUAGGCAAGGUAGAAGGUGGGGGUGAGGGGAGGAUCCAGUGUUGCAAAUUGCAUCACUAAUGUCGCUCAAAGGGGGUAGACCCACAUAGAAAGGGUGGUCCAUCUAAGAACAGGCUGUUCAGACUGUCGAGAAUGCUCUCAAGGCUAUCUGCCAAGGGUAGACUACACAGAGAGCGCCGCUUCAGCUCUGUCUGCAGGGUCCUAGUAUCCUGAGCAUAGCAACACUUUCUAGAGACACCAGAGAACAAAGUCGGGACAGAAGGACAGGACCCUAAAAUAGGGACUGUACUGCUGAAAUCAGGAUAGUUGUGAGGUCUUUGUUUGCUCUGCCAGGUGUGUGAAAAUGUGCAAAUCCAGGGGGCAGUUUAUAGAACAGUGAAUUAUAGUGAACUACGAACAGAAAUGUAAGAUUGUCUAUGUAAAUCCCUAAGUUAGAAAAAUUUCUUUAGUCAAAGGUUGGCAAUUUCAGCCAGUGUUUUGCCAUUCGGUUUGCAUUGCAUUACAAAGCACUGUUUAAUGAAUUAACCUGAAAUGUUGUGGAGAAUAUUACCAUCCAUACUGACACAUGUCUAUGAAUACUGUGCCUGCAUCAAAAGGACAUUAAUUGCUUUACACUGUAUGACACCAUAGUGAUUUUGAAUACUUGCCAAGGAUUGCCACAUUCAAUGAAUAUUAAUUACUUAUGGGAAUAUUCACUAAACAAGGAAUUGUAGUGAAUUGAAAAUGUAUUUUCAAAAUUUAGGGAAAGAUGGCCAAGUUGUGAAUCAACUAUUUUGAUCUAUACAUUGCAAUUCAGAUUUCAGUUCAAAACUAUUUUAGUGAAUAUCUCUCUUAGAAAUUAUUGAGAUAAAAAAAAAAAAGGGGGCAGCUACUUAACUAUAAGAGUUUGAAGGAAGAGGGUGAUGUAAAUGAAUGCCAGGCUGACUGGCUAUUGCUCUGGCUAACCCGGCUCAUGGCUACGCAGAGACAGAGUGCAGCAUCUAAAAGUGUGCUUAAUUUGUGCUUGCUAAGGGCAACUGUCUGGUGCCGCCAUAUGGGCUAAAACCCAGGAAUAGAACUCUGAACCUGGGACUGUUGACAGACAUGUGCAAAUGUAUUCCUACGAAAAGUGUUGAAAUUUGGUGGGAGAGUACUGAUUUGCUGCUCUAGCCCUGAGUGGGGCUGGACAGUGCAGUUCCCACUCAGCCUUUUGAGCACAACAAGGCCGAUCUGCACUUAUUGCCCUUUUGUUGUGCGUGCACGCACACACACGCAUACACACGCACACACAUUCUCUCUCUCUUUCUCUUUCUCUCUCUCUGUCUCCUCCUUCUCCCAUUCUAAUAAAGUCCGAGUGGUAUAGGAUAUGAUAUGUAUUAUGAAAGAAAAAAACACAUUUAAAAAAAUGUCCCUGGGGUGUUCCAUUACUGAAUUGAACUUCUACACAGAAUAACAGUUUCACAUACACCACUACUACAAGUGUCCCUGUGGCUUGGUUCAGGGGAUGAAAGUGUUAAAAAUCACUAUCGCACUAGACACAGAACAAUGAUUUAAAAACUCCCUCACACCACUCACACUUACCUGUAGUAUCACAAGUUGCCACCACAAAGAAAAUUUAUAAAUGGGAUGCCAGAGGUUACCCCACCAAAUCAGAUUUAAAAUCUUCCAGAACGCAGUUUAGCUGUCUAUCGAUGAAAUAAACUAUACUAUUAAAUAUGUCUCUUCAGGUAAUGUGAUUCUUAUAUCAGACAAAGGCAGAAUUCCAGACCCCUAAAGCACUUCAGUUUGUGUGACGAGUGUGUCCUGUUUUUUUUAAGAACAAAAAGUGCAGAUUUGAAUAGAAAUAGGUACUUUUAUAAAUUAAUCUAGUCUCACCCCUGGCAGUCAAUCAGACACCUAGCCCGGUUAUUAACUGGUUGUUUAGCUCAGUGGAGCUUAACACAAGAGGCAGGAAGUUGGUCAUAGCACUUGUCCUGCCUGCACUAGGAAGUCUGUAAUUGGACUGCCACAGAAUAUCCAUGUUGGGUUCGAAGGAGAGGUCUUGCAAAUGCUUCAGAUAAAAGAUCUGCAGCUGUUUUAGAUAUGCGCCCAAUGAAAAAAUGCAUAAUUUAAAGUAUGCAUUUUUACAUUGGGGUAUAUUUGCUGAACAGUGAUUUUUGUUUUAUUUUUGUAUUUGGGCAUUGGAGUGUCCCUUUAAGGGGACUAGCAGAUUCUUUUUUUGUAAAUAAAGUUUUUAUUAGCAGUUCAGACAAUAACAGAUAGCAGAGCUUAUAUUGUCAGUGAGACUCGCAGGUCUCCAAUUGCGUCUGACAUGAGUACCACCAGUUUUAGGUGGAUCUUUAUAGAGCGCUAUCGGAAGCGGAUGGCUGCCGGCCCACACCAGUGAGGGCAGAACAAUUCUAUAGCUGAACCUCAAUCAAAUGGUGAGUAGUGCGGUAGGUCCCAGGUCACGUCCUCUAACAUGGAGAGUGAGAAAGGGGUCGUUUUGCGAGAUCGGGUCCUAUAGUCUUGCACCUGGUCUAGGACUCCCCUUCCUGUUGUCAUUUCCUUAACUUCGGUGGUGCCUAGGUAUGUUGCGGGUUCUCUCCUGGGUCAGCUACCCUCUCGUUCUGAGUCCGCGUCCCCUCCCCCGACGCGAGGCGGUGCCAUCACGACGGGAGGGGGGAGCGCCCAGCGGUGUGGUCAGUUGUCUCUGUCGUUUUGCUUACUUGUAGGCAGUAGUCGUUGUCGUGCUCCAGUCGCUGUCCACGUGUGGUAUCUGUGGUGUGUCUGGAGUGUUGACUAGCAGAUUCUUCAUUUGUUUGUCUGCCUCCACUAGUUUCCAUUCUUGUAAUUAACCCCUUGAGAAAGCAUGAUGGAAAAUGUCUGUCAUGCAGUAUUUUUUCAUAAGGGACCGUUUCCCUGCUGGUAACUGGGAACCCCAGGUAUAAUUUGAUUCCUGGGGCUCCCUUCUGCCACCUAGAACAAGAUUAGUGGCCCCAGACUGACUGAUACUCUGGUCGCACAGGGCAAAUUGAGCACUGCAAACAGACAUUUAAAUGGGGGUUUAAAUCCCCAUUGUUGCAAUGUGGUGUUAAAUCCUUGCUCACACCAGGGAGUCCCAGAUUUCAAUGGCUAACUGGGGAUACCAUUUAUCAACUGGGACCAUUUCUAGUGGCCCCAGACUAUUUGAUGAGCUACAUGCUGUGCCUGAAUGCCCGUAUCUAGAUUGUGAUGUGCUCACACCAGAAACCCAGGUAUCAAUAGAUACCUGGGGCUUCUUUAUGUCAGGUCGGGCCAUUUUUAGUGGCCCCAGACUUCAUGAAGAGUUGCAUGCAGUGCUGAAAGUCAUUCUCAAACAGGAUAUGGUGCUUGGCAGACCACCAGGAUCCGAACAGACCCCAAAACUGAUAUGCCCCAAUGCCAUUCUGAUCAGUGCUGAGCAUUGUCAGUUGCCCAGAACAUGCAAUGCAUUGGACAUAUUAUCUUCAGUAUUAGAGAUAGGAGACUCUCUAAAAAGACUGUGUUUACAGCAAAAGGCCUGAAUGUAAUGAUUCUACUCACCAGAACAAAUUCAAUAAACUGUCGUUCUUCUGGUGACUAUAGUGUUCCUUUAAAUUAAAUUAAAUUAAGGAUUAAAAUGAAUGAUUAUGAUUCAGUUUAAAAUAAGUAUUAGGUUUAUUAUUAAGUUACUGUUUAGGAUUAGGCUUAGAUUUAAUGUUAGUAUCAGGUUUAUGGUUCAAAUUAGGUUUAAGGGAAUUCCUCUGCUGACAUGAGCAGAGGGAAUCAUUCUAACACCAUUGCUAAGAUUAGGAUUAAGGUUAUAUUUAGGGUUAGAUAUGGGUUUGGGGUAGAGGCUAGGAUUGAGAUGAGGUUUAUGAUUAGAUUUAGGGUUAGAUUUUGGAUUAGGAUUUGGUUUAGAACUACGGCUUAGUUUAGGAUUAGGGAUUUAGAUUGGAAUUAAGAUUUCUAUUUUCCAAAGGUAUACAUAUGGGGUAUUGUUGUACUCAGGAGAUGUUGCUGAGAACAACUAAGAUCAUUUUAUUACAGUCGGGUACACUUGAUUUAAAAAAAAUAAGCAUUAAAGAUACUAUGACAAAUAUACAUCAGGUUUACAAAAUACACAUUAUAUGUGUGUAUGUUAAAAAUCAGAAAAACACAAUUUUACUACAAUAUUUAGCAGAGAUCAGCAGUUAAAUGGCUUCAUAAAAUGUGUCAAAAUACCUUUACCUAAAUAGCCUUUGAUGUAUGCUUUAUAAAAUAUAUACUUUUGUGUGGCAAUUUUGUUUUCUAUGAUGGCAAUUAAGCUUACAAGACAAACAUACCAAAUUCUAAAAUCGCUCCAAAUUGAAAUUUUAUUUUACUCCUUGUAUUUUGUGACCUGUAACUACUGAAAUCCUAGACAUAUGAUGUACUCUGUAAAUAAGAACAACUAAAUUAAUUUAUUUUGAAUUACUUUUCUUAAUGUAAUAUGCACUAAUUAUUUUUUCCUUUUAAGCAUUUUUUUAUAAUAAAUUUGAAUUUAUAUAAAUAUAUCUCACAUCAAAUUAAAACCCCCUUCGCCCUUUAAAAAAAACGGUAUAUAACAUCUGUUGGUGUAAUAAAUCAGAAAGAUGCAAAUUGUGGUUUAACACAAACCGAUAAAAAUGCAAACAUUGUUUGUCUCCUUAAAUGCAAGACAAGCUUCUCUGUGUCCAUAAAACAAGGUCACAGCCAAGGUAACUUUCCUCAAUAUCCACAUAAGAGUGACAAUGACUGGUCUAGUUUUCAUCUGCACAUCACCUAGAGGCACAUUUUAUUUACUCUAAAACAAGUUUUUAGCAAAUAGACUUCUCAAAAAGCUUUUAGGUAUGAAUAUGGAUGUUUGGAAUAGUUUAUUUAUGAUGAAAGAACAGCCUUGCUGACAGAUCAGUGUAAUGUUCCUUUGAAAAGCUUACCUCCUACCUUCUUACAGUGCCAGUAGAGGUAAGCCAUACAAUGAUUUACAUGCACCAACAAUCCCACAUUGCUGUUAAUAUUUAAUAGUAGGAGCUUCAAUACUAUCUGUAAAUGGGGAUUCAUGAAGAUUCAACAUAAAGGUAACAAUAUUUGCAGGAAUUAUUUUACUACUAAUAAAGCUGACCACCCCUUAACCCUAAUAAUCCGUUUCACUCCAUUGCUGUGUCUGUCCCCAAAUUUUUGUCUCUCAAUGUCCCCCUCCUGGUCUGUCCAUUCCAUUCUAGCAUCAUUACAGCAUCAUGUUAUAUUGGCUCUUUAAAUGAACACUAUAGGGUCAGGUACACAAACAUGUAUUCCUGACUCUAAAGUGUUAAAACCACCAUUCAGGUGGCUUGCCCCACCUUAGCUCCCUUAGAAAGGGAUAAAACUUUUUUUCCAGUGCAGUGCGGAUCUGCAGGCACUGGGCCCGCCCCGAUCCGCCUCUUUGGCUGACAUCAUCAGAAUUGAUGAUCUCAGUCAAUCCAGUGCUUUCCCAUAGGGAAAGCAUUGGAUUGGUUGAGAUUGCCAAAGAGGCGGGAUUGGCGCAAUCGCCAAGGAGAUCGAAUGUAUGAUCUCAAUGCAUCUCUAUGAGGAAUUUCAGCAUCUCCAUGAAGAGCUGAAUGGCAAUGCUGCACACAGUGAGCACUGACCAAGAAAGAACCUCUAGUGUCCAUCUGAGGAAUGGCCAGAGGCGGUGUCCCUAGGUUUUAAUGUAAACACCGCCUUUUCUAUGAAAAGAAAGUGUUGACAUGAAAGAGCCUGCAGGGACUGUCUUUACUCACCAUCAAGCUGUAAUUGUUUUGGUGACUAUAGUGUCCUUUUAAUAAAGCUCUGGCCUUUUCAAGGCAGCUAGAUGUUAGUGUCACUAUAAUACUUUACAGUUACUUUUUUCAAAUGAAGUCCCUAAUUACAAUACCAUAUUUUCCGGCGUAUAAGACGACUUUUUGCCCCUGGAAAAUCUUUUCCAAAGUGGGGGGUCGUCUUAUACGCCGGGUAUGCUAAUGCUGCAGCCGCCUGAGCGCUCUAUAGAGAGCGCUCAGACGGCUGCCGCACUGCCUCUCUUACCUCCCCUUCCCUGUGCAGAGUGGGUGGCCGAGCUCCUCUUCGUCCUGUCAGUCCGGCCGGGUACCGCGCGGUACAGGAGAUUCAGUUACCUGUUCCCGGCUGGACUGAAAGGAAGUGCACACUGAGGACUGACAGGACGAAGAGGAGCUCGGCCACCCACUCUGCACAGGGAAGGUGAGGUGAGAAGGAGGGAGUAAAAAGAAUGGAGGGUGGGGGUGGGGGGAGUAAAAAGAAUGGAGGGUGGGGGCGGGAGUAAAAAAAAAAUGGAGGGGGGGAAAAAAAAGGGAGAUUAAAAAGAAUGGAGGGGGGAUUAAAAAGAAUGGAGGGGAUAAAAAUGGGGGAUUAAAAAGAAUGGAGGGGGGAUUAAAAAGAAUGGGGGGAUUAAAAAGAAUGGGGAUUAAAAAGAAUGGAGGGGGAAUAAAAAUUGGGGGUGAGUAAAAAAAUGGAGGGGGGAUUAAAAAGAAUGGAGGGGAGGAUUAAAAAAGAAUGGAGGGGGGGAUUAAAAAGAAUGGAGGGGGGGAGUAAAAAGAAUAUAUCGCAAUUAGCCUCCUGUGUGCUAGACCAGCAGGCAUGGAUUAUAUGCCCAAACAGCCUGGCACAUACCUGGGCUUUAAAUGCGAUUUCAGAUUAUCAUUAUUUAAAGGACCACUCUAGGCACCCAGACCACUUCAGCUUAAUGAAGUGGUCUAGGUGCCAGGUCCAGCUAGGAUUAACCCAUUUUUUUAUAAACAUAGCAGUUUCAGAGAAACUGCUAUGUUUACAAAUGGGUUAAUCCUUCCUCCAAUUCCUCUAGUGGCUGUCUCAUUGACAGCCGAUAGAGGCGCUUGCGUGAUUCUCAGUGUGAAAAUCACAGUGAGAACAUGCAAGCGUCCAUAGGAAAGCAUUGUAUAUUCUUUCCUAUGCGACCGGAUGAAUGCGCGCGCAGCUCUUGCCGCGCGUGCGCAUUCAGCCGAAUGGGAGGAACGGAGGAGGAUCGGAGGAGGAGAGCUCCACGCCCAGCGCCGGAAAAAGUUAAGUUUUUACCCCUUUCCUCUCCCCAGAGCCGGGCGGGAAGGGGACCCUGAGGGCACUAUAGUGGUCCUUUAAUGUCUUGCUGUGUAGCUCUGUCUGCUCACUGUACAUCAUGGCUAAUUUUUAUUUGGUGUGCAUUGGAAGAGGGGUAGUCUUAUACGGCGAGUAUAUCCCAAACUCUAUAUUUUAACUGGAAAAGUUGGGGGUCGUCUUAUACGCCGGAAAAUACGGUACAUAUUUUUUAAUAUGAUAUAUAUAUUUUUUUGUUAUUUUAAUAUUCUGAAAAACAUAUUAAAAAUAUUAAAUUGGGGCUUCAGUACUUUGUUGAGAUUUCUAAAAUAAAUCCUUCUUUUAGCAAUAUUCCAUUGUAACACAAUUAGGGAACCCCAGAAUUCUGGAUUCUUGGCUUUUUAAGUUAAUUUGAACAUUCUAAUAAUUUUCAUUUCAAUGUUUGUACUGCACAUUUACAGGCCUGGGUUGACCAGCAUCUAAAGUGUACACCAUAGCUAUGCAGUUAAAGCAAUAUCAAGUAUCCCAUUCCAAGUUAUAUUGUCCUAACAUAUCUCUGGAUCCUUUACUCAUCUCUUCUAAACUAGCCUGUUCAAUCUCUCACCUGCAUAAAGGGGUUAAGCAGUAGGUAUUUCAUAACAUGUCUUUGAAGAUACAAAACUCACACCUUCAUAUUACACUUACGCAGUGCAAAUUGCAUAUCUUUCAGUGGGACUCACAUCAAACACAGCUGUAGAUUACAGGGAAAUCUGAAUCUGUUUAUGUUUUCUUUCAUUUAUUUUUUUCAGUGUGAGGAGUUACAGCAGCAUUUUAAAAAGGAGACGGCAUAUAUCCCUCCUUCCUUCCAGCCUCUCAAUCAUUAUCUUUGAAAAUGGAAAGAUCACAGAACAAGCUCUUUUUAAGUAUGGAUUAGUGGAGUUGCCAAACAACUGUGAGUAAGGAAGAUAAUGUCAGGGAAGUUUAUGCCAGGCUGGGUGGCAUUCAGUAAGAAUUAAUACAGAGUUAUCUCUAGGAUUGGUGGCCUUAGCUGUUCCUUUCUGGGCUUACAGCCUGUUGACGCAACAGAAGAAUAACACAUUGGACCCGUUCUGAAGACUUGCCUUUAAAAAAGCAGAUGUAGAGUGCAUUUAGUUUUGGAUCUGUUGGAGUUUGUUAAUAAUUUAAUAGACCUCAUGGAUGCGAAUAAACAGGAUGUAUUCUUUAAUAGGACAUCUUUGCAUUCUAUGGCGAUCCCAUGGAGUUUGCAGAUGGAGCACGGAAAUACUCCUUUAAUUGACCCAUAUGGAAUUUCAUUGCACUUUGAUCCAUCACCAUGCUGGGACAGAAGGUUCUCGGGGCAUUUUUCAUGCCUGCCCUUCCAAAGACAUUUGAGACUCUGUGACUAUUCUCUGGAGCCAGCUUUCAUUAGGAAAAGGAACGAAAGGGAGAGACAACGUGUGAGGUGUGUCAAUGAAGGAUAUGCACGACUCAGACAGCAUCUGCCACAGGAUUUAGCUGAGAAAAGGCUCAGCAAGGUGGAAACUCUACGAGCUGCUAUUGGUUACAUCAAACAACUCCAGGAGUUACUGGAUCUGGAAAGGUUAAGGUCUCCUGUGAAGGACACUCUUGCAGAGAUCUCCCCACAUUCUUUCCUCCAUCCAACAAUAGAGAGCGACAAACAAGGGCAUUGUUUAAAGGACUCUACCUAUGUGUUUUGUAAAGAGGAACUGUAGCUAAAUCCAACAACAAUUCCAACUAUUGACUGCAAAUUGGGGAACCAUCAUGACAUCUACAAAAGUAUUUUCCAUAUUUGUUUUCAUCUUUAUAAAGCUUUUUGCCUGUGUUUAAGAACUUAUUUUCUGUGAAUGAUAAUGAAAUAACACAUAUUCUCCCCAUGUGGAUUGUGAAUAAUAAUGAAAUAACACAUAUAUUCAAUUCAUGUGUACAAUGGGCCCCAACUAUGCAUUUCUGUGCAUCAAAUUUCACUUUUUAUUUUUCUUGUAUUCAAAUUGUAUCAUGCACCGAUAUAUGUAUCUUGUAUUUAUAAAUAACAAGUCAGUUCGUUCAGUAAAAUAAUUUAAGUGCAAAAUGUUUUUUUUUUGUGGAAGAGUUAGCUGGAAAGUUUAAUCGACCUUUGACAUUUGCAUAUUUCUUAUAUUCUAAAAGAUUUACAAUUUUCAGGAAUAGAACUAUGACAUUAAAUUGAUUUGAACCUAAACUGUUAAUUCAUAUACGUGCCCUACAGUAAUAUAUAUCCGGUCAGAUUCUACAGAAAUUUUUUAAUAAGGGAUUGGAUGCUUUUUUGUAUAAACAAAAUAUUCAAGGAUAGAAUUGUGUGGGAACAGGUUGUUGAUACAAAGAGAAAUCGUAUUGUCAUUAAUUGGGUCAAGUAGGAUUUUUUCGCAUUUUGUGGCAUAAUUGAAAAAGGCAACAAUUGGGGUUUUGGCGGCAUGGAGAAAUGGAUUUUAAGGUUGAAAUUGAUGGACGUCAGUUUUUUUUCCCCCGCCUAGAAAACUAUGUAACUAUAUAAUACACGUACACACGCACAACUUUCGAUGUCUCUAUAAAGAACAUUAACUUGUAUCUACACUGGCAGCAGAUUUGCUGGGACGUCACAGGACUUAGUUGUACAAUUUAUAUUCAAUAAAAUAUAACAUUUAUCUAGAUUUUUCAAAGAAUGGGAGUUUGUUUCAGGCUUUUGUUUCCACUGAAUAUGAAGUGUGGUAAAAUUAAACAGGUUUUCAAAAUGUAGGUCAGAAAAAGUCGACUGUAAAUAAAAUCUCAGUCUGCUAAGUUGGAUAUUUUUCGAACUCUAAAUUUGCUAGCAUUAUGAUGCUUAGUGUGUCCUGGUGAAAUUACCAAAUUUAAUAUUAAAUACAAAGGAGUAGUUAGAGAUAAUUUAGGGAUCUUCUCAGUACUUGGCGACUGACUGCUUCCUCCAUAGUUACACUAAUAGUGUGAAAUUAUAAGAAGUAGCAAAGUAAUUUUGUUAAAUUUUUAAAUAAAUAGAAGGCCCUACAAAUCCAAAAUACAAUAAUACCAAAUCAGUAACAAAUGAAAAAUCCAAAAGCAAAGUAAUCCAGCCGGUUACUUAGAGUGUUUAAUUUAGAAUUGCUUAUUCAUACUCUGUUAAUAUCACAAAUAAAAGUGUGGCGGCACUACUAAAAUAUACAGGGUGUAAUAUGCUUUAUUAAAAAAGUGUAUCCCAAACACUUAUAGUAAAAUCAAUAUAAACCACAAUAACAAUACACCAAAAAGUGGAAAAUCACACAAUUAGUGACACUUGUAAAUCAGGAACAUUAUGCUUACAAAUACUGUUGAUAUGUGAAUCUUCACAGUACAAAGUAUCUACAGAGAUAAAGACAUAAUACACAGUGCAAACUGUAUAACCACUUGGGUAUAAUAAAGGGUUAUAUAAAACUCAGAUUAUAGAGCCGUGCCAGGCUCCAAAAGUUUUUUUCUUUUAAUGUGUGAGUUUUUACAGAGAGUGAUUUUUAUUUUUAUACAGUGUAAUUUCUUAAACAAUAUAACACUCUAAUUUUUCAGUUAUAAUCACCAAUUCUGUGAGUGUACUUGUGUAAAGGAUAAAUAUACACACAUAGCUAUUUCCUCUUUUGGUAGAACUAGUUUUAACUCUUUUCCUUUUUUUAGUACUCCGGUUACAUAUUGAGACAUUUUAGAAUGGUUAUGUGUAUUUAAAAAAAAUACAUAGGUUUAGUAAAGUAGCAUAUAUGGACCCUACUACACUUAAUAGCAAAAUGGCCACAGUUAUUAUGGCCAUGCAAUAUACAGAGAAAGAGUGGACUGGAAAAGAGGACUUUCAUAUGUCGGCCCAGCAACAUAAAUAAAGCCAUAAUGGAAAUUACGUCUCCUGGUGAUAGACCGGAAGUGAUGGAGGACGUGUCUCCAAGUAAAGAUCCUGGCAGAACUUAGAAAUAUUUUGGCCUAACGAAGACAUCUAUACAAGCACUGAAGAAUACUUUAUUAUUAGUUAAAACAGGUUUGCUUUCCGUUUUUAGGAGUUGGAGCGGUGCAUUUAUUUCUUACUGCACAUUUUAUAACCAAUUCAAUUUCACUUAACCCCUUAAGGACACAUGACGUGUGACAUGUCAUGGUUCCCUUUUAUUCCAGAAGUUUGGUCCUUAAGGGGUUAAAAGGAUUUUUAACCUAUUGGCUGUUGUAAUUCCAGAUUUCGAUAGCUUGGAUAGGUACCUUGGGGCAUAUUAUAUAGAACCUGGCAUGCGUCUAUAAUCUGUGAGUUUUAUUUCACCCUUUAUUACACCCAUAAUAUACAUAGUGGAAACUUAUACAGUUCGCACUAUGUGUAUUAAGUUUUUAUCUUAACAUUAUUUGUGGAGAUCUCUAAUGUUCCUGAUUCAUAAGUAUUACUAAUUGUGUGUAAUUUUACACUUUUUUGGUGUGUUAUUAUUGUAGUUUGAAAUACUGUUACCUGUUAAAGCGUGCAGGAGACCCCUGAUUGUAAUUAACAGAGCAGGAUAUAAAAUCUUAAAAAGUAAACACACUGUGCAGUCACAUCAGCCAGGGGAGUUGUGGCUACGACUGCAUAAACCAAAGCAAAAGUGAUUUAACUCCAAAAUGGCAGAGAAUUCAACAUUGAGAACUCAUUAAGUAGUUUUGGUGCUUAUCUCAUCACUUUUAAACACCCUGAAGCAUAUUUUUGUGUAGUAGUUUUGGACUCUGUCAGGGGCAUUCACCAAACUUCAUUUAGACAACCCAGACACGGUUUAAGCCAAGCAUGUCAAACUCGCGGCCCACAUUGGGUAUUUUUGCAGCCCAUGGCUGGACUGGCCUACUGGGAAAUUUCGUGGUAGGCCCGCUUUGUGCUGUGCCUUCCCAAGGGCUGCGGUCAAUCGUGUGCUUCAUCGUAUGGAGUCAUAUACAACGGUGGUGCUACAAUGCGCAGAAUAGCUGGCUGCAUGCAGAGCAGGCCAGUCACUUCCCCUUCCCUGCUGCUCACAGUGCCAGAAGAGCGUGUGGUCUGCUUGAGCAGAGAAGAUCGUGUAGGAAGGAAAUAGGGGCUUGGGGGAACCUUCCUGUAGUGUAGUGUAUUAAAUUUGGGAGGCAGUGCAUUAAAUUUGGGAGGAGGAGCAGUGUAUUAGAGUGGUGGGGACAAGGAGAUGGGGGGAAGUGAAUUAGAGUGGUGGGAGGGGGCAGUGUGUUAAAUUGGGGGAAGCAAGGGGGAGGGUGUUGUGUAUUUAACUGUAUUUAACAGGGGGAGGGUGUUGUGUAUUAGAAUGGUGAGAGGGAGGAGGCAGUUUAUUAGAGUGGUGGGAGGGAUGGGAGGUAGUGUAAAUUAGAGUGGAGGGAAACAGGCGGUGUAUUAACCCCUUAAGGACGCAGCCAAAUGUACAAGUUGUGAUCAAAACAAAACGUAAACAAAACCUGACAUUUGCGCUAUAUGUCUGUCCAACCGUAAUUCACCUCUUUCAUAUUAAAUGCACCCACACUUAUUAUAUAUCAUUUUAUUCAGGGGAAACAGGGCUUUCCUUUCCAAAUAUUUAGGUAUGGAACAUAAUUUAAUAUGAAUAAAAUAUAAAACAAAAAUGGGAGAAAAUCUGAUUUUUUAAAAUUUUCUUAGUUCUAAGUGACAUUUUAACUGUGAAUGCCAAAAUACUGUUUGCUUUUACUGCAAUAAAAUACACAUAUUUGUAUUCAGCGAUGUCUCAUGUGUAAAACAGUACCCCCUAUGUACAGGUUUUAUGGUGUUUUGGGAAGUUACAGGGUCAAAUAUAGCAUGUUAAAUUUUUCAGUUUUUUACAUUGAAAUUCGCCAGAUUGGUUACGUUGCCUUUGAGACUGUAUGGUAGCCCAGGAAUGAAAAUUACCCCCAUGAUGGCAUACCAUUUGCAAUAGUAGACAACCCAAGGUAUUGCAAAUGGGGUAUGUCGAGUCUUUUUUUAGUAGCCACUUGGUCAGAAACACUAGCCAAAGUUAAUGUUAAUAUUUGUUUGUGUGUGAAAAAUGCAAAAAACUAAUUUGAAUGCCAAUUUUGGCAAGUGCAAAUAUAUAUAUAUACAUACACACAUACAUAUAUAUACAUACACACAUUACACACACACUUAGAUCAUAUAUGUUUUUUAAAAUUAUUUUUAUUUAUAUAUAUAGGUAUACAUAGUGAUAUAUACGUAUAUACUUAUGUAUAUAGAUAUACAUAUUUCGUUCUACGUGUAUUUUGAUAUCAAUAUAUAUUAAUAUCAAAAUACAGUUAGAACCAAAUUACACACAUAUAUUUAAUUUAUUUUGUUAUUUUAUUUUUUAAACGUAUUUACAUAUUUUAUUUUUUA